AUGGAUGCUGGAGGGGAGGAGGAGAGACGGGAGAGGAGCGUCGGCCUGAUGGCCGGCCUCAUGGACAAGGCCAAGGGCUUCGUGGUGGAGAAGGUGACGCAGAUCCCCAAGCCCGAGGCGACGCUGGAUCGCGUAUCCUUCCGAAGCAUCAGCUGCGAGGGCGUCGAACUACACAGCCACGUCGACGUCAGCAACCCCUACUCGCACCGCAUCCCCAUCUACGCGAGAUCACCUACACCUUCAAGAGCGCCGGCAAGUACGUCAUGCAUGCAUGUCCCUCUCUCACAAUGGUCGCAUUCUGAUUUUGUUUCAUGCCAUACCAUGCACGCUAAUGCUGGUUCUGGUUCCUGUUUGAAUCCUAGGGUAAUAGCAUCGGGCACGAUGGCCGACCCCGGGUGGAUCGCGGCGAGCGGCAGCACCAAGCUGGAGCUGCCGGUGAAGGUGCCAUACGACUUCAUCGUGACGCUGAUGAAGGAUCUAGGAGGGGACUGGGACAUCGACUACCUGCUGGAGGUGGGGCUCACCAUCGACCUCCCUGUCAUCGGCGCCUUCACUAUCCCGCUCACCACCGAGGGCGAGAUCAAGCUCCCCACCUUCCAGGACUUAUUGUUCUAA